UGAACGAAAAGGCGGAAAGCGACAUGGCCUGGAUGAAGCGGAAACCUUACAUUUACGUAGCGCUGCCAAGAGCAACAGGCCCCGCCAUCACUCAUCCAGCCACGACCCCGAAACCAGGCAUGCCACUCGACCCCAGACCCUACAGGAACCCAUAUUGAAGCCACCGUUCUCGCUCGUUACAUCGGCCGAAUUCUUAUACCUCAGAAGACUCCCUGCGUGCUCUCAAACGACGUCAAUGGAGGCGGCAUCCGCACGGAUGGCCGCCCGCGAUCGAUACGGAGGAUGGGGGGAUGCGCCCACAUCUCAGCUACAGCGCUUCAUAUUAAACGCAUGUGAUCCUCAGAACUUCGAACCUAACCUCGCGCUGAACCUCGAGAUCACCGAUUUGAUCAAUUCGAAGAAGGGUACCGCACCCCGAGAAGCAGCAGUGACUUUGGUACAAUAUAUAAACCACCGUAAUCAGAAUGUGGCCUUGCUCGCCCUCAGCCUCCUUGAUAUCUGUGUGAAAAACUGCGGGUACCCUUUCCAUCUACAAAUAAGCACCAAAGAGUUUCUCAAUGAGCUUGUCCGUCGCUUUCCCGAACGACCGCCGGUGCAUUCCUCGCGCGUGCAGAACAGAAUUCUCGAGUUGAUAGAAGAAUGGCGGCAAACAAUAUGUCUGACAUCGCGGUACAAGGAGGAUCUGGGUUUCAUAAGGGACAUGCACAGGCUGCUCAGCUACAAGGGAUACAUGUUUCCAGAAGUGCGGAAAGAGGAUGCCGCUGUGCUCAACCCCAGUGAUAACCUUCGAUCGGCCGACGAAAUGGAAGAAGAAGAACGUGAAGCGCAGUCCGCGAAGCUCCAGGAGUUGAUUCGACGUGGUGGCCCACAGGAUCUACAGGAAGCCAACAAAUUAAUGAAAGUCAUGGCUGGGUUUGAUACGCGGAACAAAACAGACUGGCGUGCAAAGGCCGCAGAGGAGGUUGGAAGAAUCCAACAAAAAGCAAGGAUACUGGAAGAGAUGCUUCAAGGCCAAAAACCCGGAGAUCCCAUCAAUGAGGGCGAUGUUUUUGAGGAACUGGCAAACGCCUUACAGAGCGCGCACCCGAAGAUUCAGAGAAUGUGCGAAGAAGAGUCGGACGACACUGAAGCUGUGGGCAAACUCUUCGAAAUCAACGACAGCAUCAACCGGACAAUAGAAAGAUACAAGCUGUUCAAGAAAGGGGAUAUGGAAGCAGCAAACAAGAUACCACAAGGAACCCUUGGGAAGAGCGGAGCUGGCGUUUCUCAGGGACCCAACAACACUUUGAAUCUGAUCGAUUUUGGAGACCCAGAACCUGCUCCUGCUCCUGCAGCUCCAGAAUCUUCUGCAGGGAGCUCUGCACAACCGGCUGCAAAGGGCAAUGCGCUCGAGGAUGACCUUCUUGGUCUCUCAUUGGGAGCACCGAGUUAUGGCCAGAGCGGCAGUAUUGCGCUCGGUGGCUCGUCGAACGGAUCAGUGCUCGGUUUGUCUGGCGCCCCAGUCCCGCAAUCGCAGACUCAAUACCAGAAUACAGCGAAGUCCAUCACGGACCUAUUUGGAUCAACCUCCAACUCGGGGCCUUCAUCUCAAAUUUCGUCACCUUUACCUCCUUCCAUCGCCCACCCACCACCCCAACCAGCACGAACACCCGAUCCGUUUGCUUCGCUGAGUAGUCCAGCACCAAGGCAGGCUUCUCCGAUGCACUUCCAGCAAUCGACAGGGUCAGGAACCAUUGAUCUGCUGGGUGGAUCAUCCCCCGCUCCGCCUUCUACGCUGGCACAAAGUAGUACAGCAGAUGCGGCUGAUGACGACGAGUGGACUUUUUCGUCGGCCGUUCCAGAUACUUCGAAAGAACUCACAGUCGUCAAUGCCAGCCUGAACAUCGUUUUCAAUGUCUCUCGAGAAACAGAUUCGACACUUCUAGUCAAGUCCCGGAUAUCUAACAACACGUCCUUGCCAGUAUCUGGGUUGACGUUCCAGGUAGCUGCAUCCAAGGGCGCACAAUUGCAAUUGGAGCCGCAGACUGGCGUUUCGCUCGCUCCAAAUCAGCAAAACGGCGUGACACAGAACAUCAGACUGAACGGUGUACAAACAGGAUCUGGCAACAGCAUCAAGAUGCGAUGGAAAGUUUCAUAUUCCCUUAGCGGGCAACAGAAAAAUGAGAUGGGCGAGAUACCAAGCUUGGGUGUGUCAUGA